UUUGCGUUUCAACGACCAUGACACGUUUACACAGAAAGCCAUGGCUCCUCGCCCUUCCAAUCCUUGCAGUCUACCUGGCCUCUGGUGCGUGCUUCAUCCAAUCGCUGAAGCACGGCAAAUAUUCCAGCAUCAGAUUGCGCUGCACUGGCGAAGAAGUCCAAGGAAGACCAACAAUAAGUCCUCCAUAUCAGUUCUACAGGUUGGCGUGUGAGGCUGCGAAAGAAGCUGGCCUGGAAGUUGAGCAGUACAUCUGCAAUGUGGGAGAAGCGGCAGAUAAAUUCACCAAGAGCAAUGAAGUGGUGGACAGAGAUGCGUUUGUGGCGGCAAUCAAAGAUGCAAUGUUUUCCCAAGCUUUUACUCUGGUACUUGGUGGGAAGAACUUAGGCAAGACCUUGGUGCUCAAAGGAGCCACUUGCGCCGCAGAGAAUGAGGUACAGGCAAAUUUGACCAUCAUUGACAUUGACAUGCGGGAAGACCCCAACAAGCCACUUUUUAGUGCAAUUUUCGAUCGCAUUGACAAGAAGACACCUAGCUUUCGAAAGCUCCUUAAGAAAUUUGCGCCGAAGCUGGCGUCGGAUUUCAUUCAAUUUCUUUCCCGUCGGAAGACAACCAAAACGUCGGAUUUGGUAGAACAGCUCUUGUCGCCCAAAGUCACUCUGAGGGGCAUUAUUUCUACCCUCUUGGAAAAACAAGGAAACAGAACAUGCCUCAUGGUCGAUGAAGCAAACCUGGCGCUGCCUGGGCUGCUUGACAGUGACCGUGCAGAAGCAACCCGAGCGCUCCAGUUCUUAGUCAUGCUUACCAAGCAGGAACAGUUGGCAAGUGUGGUGCUCAUUAGUUCAGAGCUGGCUUAUCCCUAUCGGCUUCAAGCCUGUGGCAUGAAUUUGCAGGAUGUACAGAAGAUUGUCAUAGCCAACGAAGUGCCGAAGGGGGAGAUGUUGAGCCUGAUGGUGAAGAGGUGGAACAUGAGCGAAGACCUUGCAGAGCAAUUCUUCGCCUAUUGUGGCGGUAACAUUGACCUUUGCUGCCGAGGUGUGAAGAAUUUGCACGAACUUGAGGAAGACUUUGACCCUUUUGCCUUGAUAGAUUGUCCUGGCUUGCCCAGCUGCGCGGCUGACCCUGAUGCAAAGAAACAUUUGCGGAACCUGGUGAAGCAGGGCUGGUCACCCGUCUAUGACGUGGAGAUGGACGGUGCUGCAAAGCUUAUUGCAGGGAAGAAUGUGGGUGGCAUCAUUCCGAGGAGGGCAAUUGCCUUCGAUCGUCCCAAAGGCAUUUGGGAUGGCAAGCAUGAGUACGCACUCGUACCAUCAGGGACUUUGAUGAGGUGGAAGAUUGCCAAAGAGCUGGAGCGGGUCGACAGUAUGGGCGCAGGCAGUGCCACCUCGCAACCAUCCGCUGUGGUGUGGGUGUGUCAGCUGAGAAGCAUUGGCAGUGGCGGCUUCCAGCCCGCUGGCGAUGCUUUUCCAAUCGACCCAGUGCCGCAAAACAUAGCAUAUUUGAAGAAAGCCAUGAAGCAGGAGAACCCAAAUACUGUAUCCUGCGAUGCCUAUCAAAUUGACAUCUACCGCCGAGCUCAGGACGGCCGCUGGGUCAAGGAAACGAGGAUGUCAGCAAGUCUGCGCAAGACAAAUGAGGCAGACUGCUACGGAUUCAUGUUGCCAGCUGGAGCUGCUGGAGCCACAUAGUUUGAGGCUACUGCUGGCUGUGGUCACUGUUCUCGGCUGAAGCAAUGCUGGCCCACAACGUUUCACUCGUACAGGAACCAAAAAAGCGCAGUCGCAGGCACAGUUGUUUCGUUGCAGUGCGACUUUGCUUGACUCUUGAAGGGUAAGGGAGGUCACUGUUCACACUUUUGAGCAUCAGGCUACGGUGUUCAAGUCAAGAAGGGAAUGCCUGCAACGGGUACAGGACCAGCAACAGUUGCGGGCGCUUGUGAACAGCUGUUUCACCGAGGCAUUCCUCCCUGUGUCAAAGCGCGCGGAUGCAGUACCGAACCGUUUGUUGAAGUGUGGGGGAAAGGAUUGCUCUCGUGGCUUGCCAGUUUGAUCUUUUUGAGGCAACUUGUGCACAAGUGUUUGAUGCUAUUUGUUGAGCGUGGCGCUCAGAGAAGUUGAGCAGCAGCGG